AUGUGUAACAGAAAUCAUCGUCCCAGUGAAAACCGUGUCAUCAAUGGCUCCCAAUUUUCGAAACACAAUCAGAGAGAUGGUCAAUUGUCAGUUGCCUUCAAAACAAACAACGUUUCAACAACUGAUGCAAUUUCUCUUUUGAACCUUCCUAAAAAUAGUCAAACAAUUUCUUUAUCAACAACAAACAAUUCUCGUUUAAAAGACAACAAGUUUCAGUGGAUUCCCUUUCAAAUCAAAAAGUCAAAUCCACAAUCUCUUAAUGACAAAUCCAACCUUAAAGGAAUUCACAAAAAAGGAAAUUCCACCUCUCACCAAAGGAAGAACAGACCCUUAACAUUCCAUCCUUUCAACAUUCCACAAGAGGCAAAUCCUCCAAUCCGCAAGAAUUCAUUUCAAGUUGAGAAAGAACAAUCUUUCCAACCUCCAUUGCCAAUCAUCAUGACACAACACAAUCAUCAUUCGAAACUAGUGAACGAAACUUCCACAAGUUCUGAACUGUUUCCUUCAGAAACUCAUUCAUCCAAUUCAAUCAUUGAUCCUCCACAACUUUGUGAGACACAUUUCACCUCAGCGACACUUAAGAAAGACCUCUCUGUGAAAACAACGAAUUCAUUUCCCUCACCUUUAACCAACUUCUAUUUGAAGGCAUCCAUGAAAGCCUUGUUCGAGAUGGCUCUGGAGUAUCGAUUGAUACAUGUACAGUAA